GAGCAUACACGGGAAAGGGGUGGGGAUACCAGUGGUAUUGAGGCGGCAUUUCCAAACAGCCAAUCGUAACCUUCGGAGGAACCUUAUCGCCUUUCUGCAGCCGGAUUCUGCUCAGGACCAACAUCGCCACGCACUCCGUGUCGUGACUCUCUUUGGGUUCUUGGAUUCUGGGACGCGUCGUCACCCCUCGUGGUGCUCGGCAUCAGUUGCCUGUGCUCAUUCCUUCGGUGAAUGAGUCGUGGAAUCAGUGGGCAGCGUGGUGUUGUGAAGGCGAGAUGUGGGCUUCGGUCACUCAAAGGAAGUUCUGAGGGGUGGGAUAACGACAGCUUUAGCUGAAGACUUAGCGUGUGCUCCUAAAUUCUCAGCAGUUUUCAUACAUGUAGACACGUAUAUUAGAAUAGCCUUGUUGGCAGGCCUGAGGAAGGCUUGGGCGCUUGAGGACAAGAAAGAGCAACCAUGGGAAGCAUGACUAGGUUGGGGCAAGGUAUCACUCCUCUUGAAAGUAAUGUAAAAAGCCUACAUAUUCGCAUUUCCCGUAAUGGUGUGCACGGCUUCAGGACUCCUCCUCAUUUGUAUCGCUUUGGGAGGCAAAAGUGUAAGUCAAUCGUGCCAAUCCAAAUUGAGCCGAACAAUGAUGGGAUCUUAAAGCCUGAAAUUCAAUGGUGCGGUAUCAAACCUCGUCGAAGCUUAGGGUGCAGAGCCUCCUCUGCAGAUGCAGGGACUGGAGAUCUCCAUGGAAAUAUUGGAAAUGAUUUUAGAUCCGAAGUGGGAAUAGUGAAGGAGGAGGCAACGAAUGGCGGACCGAAAGGAAUGGCCGAGGCCUUCGACAUCUCACCUCGUACAGCUCUCGGGAUUACAGCUGUCAUUGCGAUCUCAGUUCUCGUGUUGCCGAUGUACAUGCCAUCCUCUGGAGUUGGGAUGACUCUACGAACUCGGGGGUUAUCUUAUCUGACACUUCUUCUCGGUUUUUAUAUGGCUUGGAACAUUGGUGCCAACGACGUUGCUAACGCUAUGGGCACUUCGGUAGGCUCAGGUGCCUUAACUUUGCGGCAGGCUGUCUUGACAGCAGCUGUUUUGGAAUUCUCUGGAGCAUUUAUGGUUGGCUCUCACGUCAGUCAUACCAUGCAAUCCGGUAUACUAACUCCAAGCGUCUUCGCUGGCAAGGAGACUUUGUUGUUCUGUGGAAUGCUCUCUUCACUCGGAGCAGCUGGCACUUGGCUUCAGGUUGCUUCUUAUUUUGGGUGGCCUGUAUCAACCACACACUGUAUCAUCGGGGCAAUGGUGGGAUUCGGCCUUGUUUAUGGAGGAGUUGGAGCCGUGUAUUGGAAAUCGCUAUUUCGUGUUGUAUCAUCGUGGGUUGUGUCGCCACUUUUAGGUGCUUUUGUUUCGUUCCUCGUCUACAAGUGCAUUCGAAGGUUCGUAUACAGGGCACCGAAUCCUGGACAAGCAGCAGCCACUGCCGCUCCGCUGGCAGUUUUUUUGGGUGUAGCAGCUCUGUCUUUCACGGUGUUACCAACACAGGGGGUUGGUCUUAUGGCCGGAGGCAAGGCUUUAGGUCUUGGUUUGUUAGGGGCCGUUAUUAUCAACAUUGUCAUUCGUCGUCAGCUGGGGGAAUUGCUAGGAGCGUAUUGCGAGUUACCAUCCGAAGAGGAGCAGCAGGGGAAGGCGAGCAGGGAUGAAGGACCCAAAGGCACGCAGCUGAAAAUUGUCUACAGCGUAUUCGGAUACCUGCAAGUCCUUUCAGCUUGCUUCAUGUCAUUCGCCCAUGGAGCAAACGACGUGGCUAAUGCCAUUGGACCCAUAUCUGCAGCUCUGGCCAUUCUACAUAAAACUGGCGUUGCAAGUGGCGGCCCGCCAAGCAUGCCCGUCGACGUACUAGCUUGGGGUGGAUUCGGCAUUGUGGCAGGUCUGGUUGUUUGGGGAUAUAGGGUCAUUGCCACUAUAGGCCAGAAGAUCACGGAGUUGACGCCUACUCGAGGCUUUGCAGCAGAAUUUGCUGCAGCUACUGUGGUUGUCCUAGCAUCUCGGUUAGGUCUCCCCAUCUCUGCUACUCACACAUUGGUGGGAGCUGUUAUGGGCGUUGGUUUUGCACGGGGUCUCAACAGUGUUCGAACAGAUGUGGUUCGGGAGAUUGUGGCUUCCUGGGUGGUGACCAUUCCAGUCGGUGCCGCGUUGUCUGUAGCCUACACUUUCAUUUUUAUCAAGCUCAUACCUUCUUUGGUGUGAUGAGUUCACAGGUUGCUAGGCGAUCCCUUCAAAGGCUGACAUUUCUAGUAUGAGUAGGCUUAAAAUUUCUUGGAUAGUAGAAAUACUGAUUGUUUGCGAUGCGAAUUUAAGCUAGAUAGCAUCGUCAAAAAUUAGUGGCAUCAUUUACUGGAAUGUGGUCAACAAUGACCUCUUGACAAGUUUUGCAAUUCAAAAAGUCUUGAAAUGUGUA